AUGGCCGACUCCAUGGACGACGAUGCGUGCCUUCGCGAUCUCGCCAUGGCAGCAAAGCAGAACAAGGGCGCUGCCACGGUGCCUCCGCCACAGGACAGCUCCAGCAGCCCCGAUCGCGGGCGCCCGGCAGUUCGGCAGCCCCGCAUGCAGUUGCGCCGAACAGCCCCAGCGGCUACUGAGGCUGUGGGCGCGGGCCCCGCUGGAGAUAAGGGGCGAGGCAAAGGGCGAGGCAGCGGGCAGAAAGGCGAGGCGCCUGAGGCCGUGCGAAAGCGCCCUGCGGCGAAAGGCCGCGCGGACAGCGAGCCCCCGGUCAUCGGCCACGAGCCCAGGGGGCGUCGCCAGGUCGCGGCGCGUCCCCAGCCAGACAACGGUAGGCCAGCGGCGGCCGCCGAUGUUGGCGAGAGCGGGGCGCGCUGUUCAGGCGCGAAGGCUCCGCCUGACAGAGUAGAGGAGAGGCCUGACUCUGAUGCGGAGGAGAUGGAUGCGAAGGGUAAGAAGGGCACAAAAGAAAAGCAGCAUAAGGAUAAGCAUCAUAAGAGUGACAAGAAAAACCAUCACAAGAAGGAUAAGAAAGAUAAGAAGGAUAAGAAGGAUAAGAAAGCGCAAAAAGCGAAGAAGGAGAAGCCGCCUUGCGACGCCGAGAAGGGCGCGGGCGGCAAUAUGCCAGCAUUGGGGCAGGUUGCCUCUGGCUCGGCAGGGGAUAGCUCGCUCGCAGCGAGCGUCGAGGCGGCGGACCGCGAGGCCGCCGAGUCGAGGGCGUCGAAGGUAGCACCGCAGGGGGUGCUUCCGAUGCACACGGCGGCGGUGGCGGAGCCGACCGCGGGGCUGCCGCUGCCCCCUGUGGCGUUGUUCGGCGCGCCCGUGUCAGCUCGCCGCCAGGCCCGGGAGACUCCGCCAGCGGGCUUGAUGCAGAGCCAGGUCGCUCUCGGCUUGCCUGGCGUGGAGCGGGCCGACGCAGCGCCCAGCUCGAACGACGCGGCCUCCGUCGCGGCGCACGGCAGCAUCGCUUCCGCCGCUUGUUCGGCGGCGCCAGGCCGCGGGCCGUGCUGUGCUAUCUGCCGGCCUGCUGGGGCGAUCGAGUGCAACGACGAGUUCUGCUUGUGCCACGCGCUCGCCAUGCUCCCACUACCUGCAGAUGAGCCCGUGGUCGAGGCCCCGUCGCCGAUGGUGGAGUGGCCGACGCCGCCUGGGGACAACGCCGACGCGAUGGAAAUGGAGCGCAUGGAUGCAGCCUGCUUCAGCUCGUCGUCCGGCCGCGGCCUGGCAGAUGCCCCAGCUGCGCUGCCCAGCCACGGCCCAGCAGAUGCCUCGGCUUCGCCGCCCACGCUGCUCGACAGGGUCGGCACCAAGGCCGACGUCGACGCCAUGCUCCCGGGCCUGCCCCAGGGCCUGCCAGCCUUCGCCUCGGGCGCGGGCGUCAUCAGCCUGGGCAAGGACGAGGACGACGGCCCCGCCCUGGUGGUCGGCAGCACCGACAGCGAGUGCGAGCUGGUCGACCAAAGUGGGCAGGAGCGCGCUGACCCCGUGGUCGGGGGGGGAGAGUGGACGCCCACGACUUACCUCGAGGAGCUAGUCGACCAGAUCGUGUCUGCGAUGGCCGCGGAGACGCUGAUGGAGUUCUUGGGGUCCAUCCGCGUUGCAGCGACGAACAUCUCGCCAGUGGCUCAUUGGGGUCUCUACGGCGGGUCCGGGAUCGCCGCCAGGGUCCAGUCGGCGUUCGCCAGCGUCAUGAAGAACAAACACAACAUCAACAUAUCGUUCCAGCACCUGGUGCACGCCGAGAAGGACAAGGCGAAGCGGGAGUUCGCCUUGGCACAGCAUGAUGCCCCGUUCGUCGUCGAGCUGUCGGAGUCCCUCUGCAACCACGCGGCACGGAACGAGAGGGCAAACGAUGAGCAAGCGCCUUUGCCCCAUUGCUGUCUCCUGGACAGUGGCUUCCCCUGCGCGUCGAGGACACCUGCGAGCAGCGCGGCCCAUCGGAACGUCAACUGUUGCCGCGCGGGCGAGGGCGACACGGGGAUGGGGCUCCAGACAACCCUUUGCGUUAUCGACGCUCAUGUUCCUGACGUCGCCCUCCUGGAGUGCGUGCCGUCCUUGCAGCAGCAGACCGACGACGAGCUCGAGUCGGACGCGACUUACAUCGUCAAGGAGCUCUCGGCCAGGGGCUACUGGGCACACGCGGCAGUCAUGGACGCAAGGGAGCACGGGUCGUUUCCAUCCAGGACGCGGCUCUAUUGGUGUGGGCUUCGCAACGUAGUCGGGGACAGCGACGACAUGACCCUGUACUUUACUCGGAUGCUAUCGGCAACGAAGGUCCCCGAUGAUCGGCGCCACUACUCGGCCUACAUCACCGUGGACAGGGGCCAGCUGCGCUUGGAGAGCGAGCGCGUUGGCCUGCCUUUGCGCUCCGAGCUCUCGCCCGCCAUCGAGUCGGACUUGAGGGGCCCGGGCUGGAAGGUUGAGCACGCGACGUGUUUCAAGGCCGCGGGGAUCGAGUGGCCCCCCGACUUGGCGGCGUGGCCCGCGGUCGACACAGGAGGUCUCUUGCCGCGGGAAGUGGAGGCGGCGAUUUACUUGCACAAGGUAUGGCCCCCGCCAGAGGGCAAGGGCGCUGAGUUCCUCGACAUCAACCCGGGCUUCAGUCGCUUGCUGAAGGGGUGUUACGAUGAGGACGGGAAGCCGAUCCCCGAGAAGACACCUUGGAGGCCGCGACCGUCCGGGCUGCUCGGCUCAACCAAGCUGAUGGUGAGGCUUCGGGGCCUGAGCGGGAAGCGGGCGCGCUGCGUUCGCGCCGUCGAAGCCAUCGAGAUGUUCCGCCUCAUCGGCUGGGCGGACUCGGAUUGGAGGCGUGGGCCUUGGCCGCAGGACUCCGCGGUCACCCCCGAGAAGAUGGUGCAGCUGUGCUCGAACAUGAGUGGCAAUGCUUUCUGCGCUUACCACUACCUGGCGUGGCUGAUGGCAUCUCUGGCAACCUUCGGAAAGUUCCAUUCGUCCAUGUCAAAUGCCAAGACGGGCGAGCCCGCGGAGCCGCCGCCCGCCGCCGAGUGCAGCGACGACAGCAGCGACUCUGACUAG